AUGGCCGCCUCCUCUUCAUCCAGUAGCGACAGCAGCUCGAGCCGAUCCACAUCGCCUGAGCCUGACAACAAGCAGAAGCAGACCUUGAAGGGGGCACCGAAGGUGAAGGAUGAUGCUGAAGAUUCCGAUUCCACUGAUUCCUCCGACUCCUCCGACUCUUCAAGCUCUGAUGAUUCGAGCUCCGACGAAAUGGACACAAGCGAGGAUGUUCCACAGACCAAGAAGGUGACUUCUUCUGGAUCGAAGACAUACAAGGCGCCGUCCGGCUUCAAGCUCGCAAAUAAGCAAGCCGCUCCGUCCUCUAGCUCCUCCUCUCUUCUCUCCAACCUGCAUGGCAAGCAAAUCUAUCACAUCUCCGCCCCGGCCUCCCUUCCAUUGUCCAAGGUGAAGGAAAUUUCCAUGUCGAAAAUUAUGAAGGGCGAACCCAUCCUUGAGUUUGAUGGUGUGAAGUACGGAAUUCCCGCUGAGUCAAUUACUGAGGAAGGUUCGGAAGGGAAGAAUCUCCUCGUCUACGAUGAGAGCACCCAGACCUACGUCAGCAAGUCCGACAAUGUCCCUAGUUAUCAGAUUCAAGAGAUGUUCAACCUACCAGGCUCAGUAGGAGGGGACUUUACUGCGGUUGAGGCAUUGCGAGAUACAGUCAAGCCGCCUCGACCCCAGCCAAAGAAGUUGAGAAUGCGCUUCCGUCCCGUUGGCAGCCUCCCCAGCGCACCUGAGACACUUGGAUCCAGCUCGGAGUCAGAAUCCGAGGAGCCUUCUUUCAAGGUUCCCGUGGGGGAUAGCGAGGAGAAGCGCAAGAGGAAGCACCAUCACACUGAGGGUGAUGCUACCCAAGCGACUGGUCUUCCCCGAAAGAAGUCAAAGAAGCUCUCGGCACAAGAAGAUGCACCCCCCGCAGAGGAGAGCAAGAAAUCGAAGAAGUCCUCUAAGGACCGCGAGGAGAAGAAGCGGAAAAAGUCCAGCAAGGCAUGA